GAUUUGCAUAGUGAGCAGCCAUCAUCAAAGCAGAUAUAUUUAGUCGUGUUUGUAAAGAAGGGCGUGUGUGGUAUGUAAGGUGUUGGCUAACAGCACAAUGCACCUGUCAGGAGGGCAGGGGUUUCGUGCAGACACCUUCCUGGUCCGGGCUGUUCAACUCCUCCACUGAUUACCAGACAGUCUGAAGAAUCACACCAUGGACGUCAAGCUCCUUCUUCACUGUGCCGUGCUCGUGGCCUUCACGGUUACAGGAAGCAACGCACAAUUAGAUGUUUGUGGCAUUGCGCCGCUCAACACCAGGAUCGUAGGGGGUGAGAGUGCUCCUGCCGGGACGUGGCCCUGGCAGGCCAGUCUGCACGACAACAACGGACAUUUCUGUGGAGGCUCCCUGAUCAACAACCAGUGGGUCCUGACUGCUGCUCACUGUUUCCCCAGCACCAGCACAUCCGGACUCACCGUUUACCUCGGACGUGACACCCAGCAGUUCCUGAACCCUAACGAGGUGUCUCGGACUCUGUCCCAGAUCAUCAUACAUCCGGACUAUGAUAAAGCCUCGAGCAACAACGACAUAGCCCUGUUGAAGCUGUCCUCACCUGUUGUCUUCACCGACUACAUCAGACCCGUGUGUCUGUCGGCGGGCGGCAGCGUCUACAAUGCCGGGACGACCUGCUGGGUCACCGGAUGGGGAAACAUUCAAAGUGGCGUUCAACUUCCUUUCCCACAGAGGCUGCAGGAGGUGAGUGUUCCCAUCGUGUCCAACAGUGACUGUAACGCUGCCUACAAAGGUGGAAUCACAAGCAACAUGCUGUGUGCCGGUCUGACCGAGGGAGGGAAGGACUCCUGCCAGGGGGAUUCAGGUGGCCCGUUGGUGAGUAAAACCGGGUCUCAGUGGGUCCAGGGUGGAGUGGUGAGUUUUGGAGAAGGCUGUGCUCAGCCCAACUUCCCAGGAGUCUACACCCGAGUGUCCCAGUAUCAGUCCUGGAUCAAUGACCAGAUCAGCAGCGACCAGCCGGGCUUCGUCACCUUCGUGGGCGACGGUUCAACCUCUGGAACCGCUCACCUGGUUUCCCUCUCCGUUCCUCUGCUGCUGUCCCUCUUACCUGUCCUCUUCUCUCUCUAUGUGUUUUCAUAGGAAGUUUAAUGAUGCUUAACUGAUUAAUGCAUCAGCACAGAGUCAAACAUCUCUGUCUCAGGGUUCUCAUAUUUAACCUUUUUUUUUUAAAGAUGCUUUUACUUAAAACAAGCAGUAAAAUCUGCCCAUGGAGUCGAAUGUUUCCAGAUGUUUUCAGGUCAGUUUCUUGUGUCGAAGGAGUUUUACAGAAGAGAAGAGAGAGAUCAGAGAAAGCACUUGAUUUAAAAAAGUAAUGAUUUUCACUAUCGAUUAAUCUGCUGAUUUAUUUUCUCCAAUAAUCGAUUAAUCGUUUUGUCUUUAAAACGGCAGAAAAUAGAGAAAUCUGUUCAUCAGAACUUCCCGCAGUCCGAGAGAUUUAUUCAGAAAGGUUUGCAGCAACAGUCUAAAACCCAAAGCUGUUCAGUUCACCGUCAUAUAAAUCCUCCCAUCAGAGAAGCUGCAGCCACAGAAUAGUCUGCAGUUUGGCUUGUCAAAUAAAACCAGUUAUCAAUAUAGUUAUCGAUUGAUUUUCUACCUUUUCUACUAAUCUGUGAGCAGUCGUUGCAGUUCCAUUAACUGAGCUGGAAACAGGUGAAAUCAGAUCAUUAUCAGAUAAUAAACCCAUUUAUAAAUAAAUCUAUUAAAAACAAUUAAUCAAUACUGGCCUUAAAUAAUGAUUUAAACUAAAAAAAAUACAAUUAAAAGAUCAUUAAAUUUAAUGACUAUUUCCUUAUUCUGUAUUUAAAUGAUUUAAAAUACAAUAGUACAUUUAUUUUAAAAAGGCUUUUAAAUUCAUUUGUUUCCUUUCUUUAACAUUUAGUUAAUUUUGUGAUCGUUGAGAUUUAAAGACACCUUAAAAUUAAUAAGUGGAUUAAUUAAACAAAUGAAUUGUAAGGUGGGAUAUGUUCGGCUGACACAUCAGCAAAUGUAAUAACAAAAAGUUAAAAUUAAAAGCUUAUUAUUAGUAUAAUUAAUAUACUGAUUAUUAGCCUAGUUCAGCAUUUAAAGACAGAAUAAGGAAAUAGAUUUAUUAACUGAUUAAAUUAUUUUAUCUUAUCUGAGUUUCACAAUGCAUCAUUUCAACAAAGCCUUUUUAUUAACAGUUCUAAUUAAACACUAGAAGUUUAUAAUUAUUUCAGUGGUGACUCCAGACUCCCACCAAAGUCCAUUAAAGCCAAUAAACUGAACAGAUUUUGCCUGAAACUGAUCAAAUAUACGAACAAUAAAUGAAGAGAUGUUCAAACUUUCUGCUGUUUUGUACCUGAAAAACUCUGAUUCAUUUCUGUACGUUUUGAAUUUUCUUCUUUCAUGAGCUCAGAUAUUAAACAUUCGGACUGACGGGGAAUUUUAGAAGUUUAAAAACUCGAAAGCAGGAGCGAUGGUGAAGACAUGUUUCUAUGGACCUUUAUUACCUCUUUAAUCUGUCAUUAAUGAAUGAAUUACUGUAACUAUUAAUGCUGCACCUGCAACUGUGAUUUACUUUAUAAGAAGCGGAUACAUGAAGUACAAAUUAUAUUUACAAUUAUAAACGUUUUCAUAAUUUUAUAUUUACAUUAAUGGAGUUUCAGUGCGGUUCAAUAGGAUUCAUUGCAGGGAUGUGUAACUGGAUUACACUGUACCUGUUUUUACUGUUUGUUUGGUGGCCUUUUGAAAAACAUUUUAACAACACAAAUGCAGUUUGUAUAUCCGUCUUUUUCACUGUAUUAUCUUAAAUAAAUUCUUUUUUCUUAA